CCUCGCGAGAAUAUUAGUAUAAUGGARGAGUAGGCACACUGCAAGUUUGGAGUUGCAAGAAAAGACAUCUCCAAAAAGUAACAACAACAAAAGAUGUCCGGACGGUCAGGUCGCGCGGAGACACGAAGUCGUGCUAAAGAUGAUAUUAAAAAGGUGCUGGCAGCAAUUGAAAAAGUGCGUAAAUGGGAGAAGAAAUGGGUAACAGUGGGAGACACAUCCCUACGAAUAUUCAAGUGGGUGCCUGUGACAGGCACUAAACCGGUAUACCGGAGCAAAUCCAUAACUGGAGAGGUUCGAGGUCUAAAAGAUGUGGUGUUGGAAAACUCCAACUCUACCUUGGAUUUCCAAGAUGAAUGCAGCAACCAGAGUUUCCUGUCUGAUAUCUACCAGCCCAAAAUGGACAGCAGCAGCUCCAGCUCCCAGCAUGCCAGUGAGGCAGUCAGUCCUCUUCCCCACACCACAACCCUCCGCACGACCGAAGACGCUCAACCACCCAUGCUGGGCCAGGAGAGUGUGGACGAACCAUCCCAGCCAGCACAUGAAGUUGCUGAUGAGCCUCCAACAUUGAUCAAAGAGGACCUGGUUUUGCCCCUUGGUGUCCAAGUAAAAGCUCCAUGCACAGAGGAAGAAGAGGGAUCAGGAGCCCCUCCACUGAAGAAAGUUUGCACUGAAAAAAAGGCUGUACUGAGAUAACUAGUUGAUUGGAUGGACAUGCAUGCAUCCCAUGCACUUGCUUUAUUGAAGGCUUCAAAUGGGACAUACGAAUAACUGCCAAAAUAAUAGAAACACUUGAGUAAAUGAGGGAUACAAAGUAUAUUGAAAGCAGGUGCUUCCAUACAGGUGUGGUUCCUGAGUUAAUUAAGCAAUUAACAUCCCAUCAUGCUUAGUGUCAUGUAUAAAAAUGCUGGGGCAGGCCAUUAUGGCUACCAUGGAAAUGCCCCUAUGGUACUGUAUGACAAUACCAAAUGAUGCAAUUUCUUGUGGCAGAAUGGAGUCGCCGCCCUCCGAUAGAGUUCCAGACACUUGUGGAAUCUGUGCCAAGGUGCAUUGAAGCUGUUCUGGCUCGUGGUGGCCCAACGCCCUAUUAAGACACUUUAUGUUGGUGGUUACUUCAUUUUGGCAGUUAUUUGUAGAUAGAUGAUUAUAAAAUAUGCAUUUCUGUUAAUCAAGUUAUUACAAAUGGAAUACAUUUAAAAAGAACGUUGAAGUUAUUGUUUUAACAGUUUUAAGUUGUUUUUUAAAAUACAAUUUUACUUUCUCAGCUUUGAAAUGGAAUCUUAAGCCGUUUAAUGCGUUACACUGUACAUAAAGUCGUGCUCACAGAAAGUGCCUAUUGCUCUGAAAUAUACACUAUUUAUUUUCUGUCAGGCAAGUGUCUCAUAUAUUAUGCUAUUUGUAUAAAUUGCACAGAUAUAAAUAAUUAUGGCCCCUAUUCAAUCAAAUCAGUUUGUUAAUCCUGAGGGAUGAAGUGGAGCACAUCUUAAUUCAUGUUCGGUUGAGUUUCUUUUGUUUCACACUGUUAGUGCUGUUUUGUUAAAUAUAUUUAUCCAAGCAGCACAG